AUGUUAGCUUACGGCAAAGAGAAACGCCUGGGCUUCUGGGGGCUGUUUUACCAGAGAUUUGGUGUUCUGGGGCCGGUGCUGUUUAGCUCCGUAUAUUUCUGCAGCGGGGAUUGGAGUGGUUUCAUACAAGCACAUAGAUCUGCUUGUAUUCUAGUGGCCGUGAAAGUCGUUCAGCAAGAAAAAAGACUGCCCACGCUACGGCCCCCCAAAUCUUGGAUUGAAGAGGCCUUCAGUAAAAGAGAAUGCGCCCACAUUAUUCCCAGCUCAAAAGAACCACACAGAUGUCCUGCAGGAUGCCAGGUGUGCCAGAAUUUAAUCAGGUGCUGCUGUGGACGGCUGAUUGGAGAGCACCCAGGAAUAGAAUGCAGCUGGCCUGUUUGUCAGGCUGGCUCACAGAGCAAUGGUGGAGAAUGGUCUGUGCAAAAACACACAAAGUUGAGUCCAACAGAUGCAUUUGGUACAAUCAAUUUUCAAGAUGGAGACCACACGUACCAUGCCAAGUAUAUUAGACUUUCUUAUGACAGCAAUUUGGAUCAGCUGUUGCACCUGAUGGUAAAAGAAUGGCAGAUGGAAUUGCCAAAGCUAGUGAUCUCUGUUCAUGGAGGCAUUCAGAAUUUCAAGCUUCCCUCAAAGGUCAAGCAGGUUUUCAGCAAAGGGCUGGUGAAAGCAGCUGAGUCUACAGGAGCAUGGAUAAUUACAGAAGGCAUCAACAGCGGAGUGUCCAGGCAUGUGGGGGAUGCACUCAAAGGCCGUGCCUCACCACACUUGAGAAAAAUCUGUGCUAUUGGGAUUCCUCCAUGGGGUAUCAUUGAGAAUCAGAGGGAUCUCAUUGGAAAAGAUGUAGUUUGCCUGUACCAGACUCUUGGUAACCCACUCAGCAAGCUGAGUACGCUCAACAGCAUGCAUUCUCAUUUUCUAAUGGCAGAUGAUGGGACAGUAGGCAAGUAUGGGAAUGAAAUGAUGCUAAGGAGGAAUUUGGAGAUGUACAUAUCACUUCAAAAAAUACACACAAGAAUGGGCCAAGGUGUUCCCAUAGUCGGGCUGGUGCUGGAAGGAGGCCCCAGUGUGAUCCUGAUGGUGUGGGAGUAUGUGAGGGCCAGCCCAGCUGUGCCAGUGGUUGUCUACGAGGGCACUGGCAGGGCUGCAGAUAUCUUGGCGUUUGCCCACAAGCACACAGGUGACACGGGGGAUCUGUGUCCUCAGGUGAAGGAGGAGAUCUUAAUGAUGAUUCAGAACAUAUUUAGGUUGGAACAGAAACAGUCCAGUCGUCUAUUUCAUGUUUUGAUGGAAUGCAUGAAGCACAGAGAGUCUAUAACCGUAUUUGAUGCCGAGUCAGAAGAUGAGCAGGACAUUGAUUUGGCAAUUCUGACGGCGCUCUUGAAAGGUACGAAUAUAUCUGCUUCAGAUCAGCUAGAUUUGGCAUUGGCCUGGAACCAGCUAGAUAUUGCCAAGAAACACAUACUUGUUUAUGGACAACACUGGAAGGUUGGUGCCUUGGAACAGGCAAUGCUGGAUGCUUUAGUCAUGGAUCGUGUGGAUUUUGUUAAGCUGUUAAUAGAACACGGAGUGAACAUGCACCGUUUUCUUACUAUAUCUCGUUUGGAAGAACUCUACAAUACAAAACAAGGACCAUCAAAUCUGCUUUUACACCAUCUGGUUCGAGAUGUGAAACAGAAUAGCCUUUCUUUGGAUUACAAGAUAUCACUGAUUGAUGUUGGACUGGUGAUAGAAUACCUCCUUGGUGAGGCCUAUCGGAGCAGCUACACAAGGAAGCACUUCCGAAUUCUCUACAAUGAUCUCUACAGAAAACACAAGAGUAAUCAGAUGGAUAGUGGAAUGGGAUCCACUGAAAGUACUUUGCAUUCUCAGUUCUUCAGAACUGCGCAGCCUUACAAAUACAAGGAAAGAUCCAGCCCUUUCCCAAAGUAUAAGAAGAAAUCAAAAGAGGAUAUGAACUACGCACAGAAUUAUGAGUCAACUGGCUUCAUCUACCCCUAUAAUGACCUCCUGGUUUGGGCAGUAUUAAUGAAAAGACAGAAGAUGGCUAUGUUCUUCUGGCAGCAUGGAGAGGAAGCUAUGGUCAAAGCUGUUGUUGCUUGUAAACUCUACAGAGCAAUGGCACAUGAAGCCAAACAGAGCAACAUGGUGGAUGACACUUCAGAAGAACUCAAGAAGUAUUCAAAGGAAUUUGGGCAGCUUGCCUUGGAUGUGCUGGACAAAGCAUUCAAGCAAAAUGAGCAGAUGGCCAUGAAGUUGCUGACCUAUGAACUGAAAAACUGGAGCAACUCUACGUGCUUGAAGCUGGCUGUGUCUGUGGGGCUGCGGCCUUUUGUGUCCCAUACGUGCACGCAGAUGCUGCUGACUGACAUGUGGAUGGGACGCCUGAAGAUGCGGAAGAACUCCUGGCUUAAGGUCAUUAUGAGUAUUCUCCUGCCUCCCACCAUUCUGAUGCUGGAGUUUAAAAGCAAGGCAGAAAUGUCUCAUGUGCCUCAGUCUCAAGACUUCCACCAGUUAUGGUAUCACGGGGAACAGUGCCCAGUCAGCUCUAAAGAUGCUUUGAAGGGUUAUGAUGUAGAAAAGGCUGUUCAGAAGUCUGACGAAAGCCAAGGAGAUUUUGGACAAGGAAACCUGACUGGAACUAGAAAAAUCUAUGAGUUCUACAAUGCACCAAUUGUCAAGUUCUGGUUUCACACGAUGUCGUACUUGGCAUUCCUCAUGCUCUUUACUUACACGGUGUUGGUGAAGAUGGAACCAAGACCAAGUGUGCCAGAAUGGCUUGUUAUCAUUUAUAUUUUCACUACUGCUAUUGAGAAAGUCAGGGAGGUAUUUAUCUCAGAACCUGGAAAAUUCUGCCAAAAGGUGAAGGUGUGGAUUUAUGAAUACUGGAAUUUUACUGAUUCUGUAGCUAUCAUCCUGUUUAUGAUUGGUUUUGGUUUGCGGUGGUCCAGCCCUCCUGUUCAUACUGCAGGGAGGCUGCUUUACUGCUUGGAUAUCAUAUUUUGGUAUACUCGGCUCCUUGAUCUUUUUGCUGUGAAUCAGCAUGCUGGCCCAUACCUGACAAUGAUUGGAAAAAUGACAGGAAACAUGUUCUAUAUUGUGAUCAUGAUGGCCAUAGUCCUGCUGAGUUUUGGGGUGUCACGAAAGGCGAUUCUUUCACCAGAGGAGCCUCCUUCUUGGACACUGGCACGGGAUAUUGUAUUCCAGCCCUACUGGAUGAUGUUUGGUGAGGUCUAUGCUGGAGAAAUAGAUGUUUGUGCAACCAAUGAAGACUGUCCUCCCGGCUCCUUUCUCACACCAUUUCUGCAAGCUGUCUACCUCUUUGUGCAGUACAUCAUCAUGGUCAACUUGCUCAUUGCAUUCUUUAAUAAUGUUUAUUUUGAUUUGAAAUCCAUAUCGAACAAGCUCUGGAAGUACAAUCGUUACCGCUACAUCAUGACCUACCGUGAGAAGCCAUGGCUGCCUCCACCAUUCAUCCUCCUCAGUCACAUUGGGCUUCUGAUGAAGUGCAUCUUCCACCACCAGCCCCAAAAUGAGUUGGACCAAGAGGAAGGCGAUGUUGGACUAAAGCUCUACCUGAGUGAUGAGGAGUUAAAGAAACUCCAUGACUUUGAAGAACAGUGUGUAGAAGAAUAUUUUCUUGAAAAGAAUGAAAACCUGAGUUCCAGUGGCAGUGAAAGGAUCCGUUUGACCACAGAAAGAGUGGAAGAGAUGUUUCAACAACUUAAAGAAGUGCAUGAGAAGGUAUUUUAUAUCAAGGAGUCUUUACUCUCCCUGGACAGCCAGCUAGGACAUUUGCAAGACCUGUCUGCCCUGACAGUGGACAUCCUGAAAGUGCUUUCAGCUGUCGACACCUUGAAGGUGGAAGAAGCCUUACUGGCUGACACAAAACAUCAAACCUGUAGGAAGCUGCCCCAUAGCUGGAGCAAUGCUUUCUAUUCCAAGACCUUGAGCAGCCUGGAGGGCUUGUAUGACAAGAAAUACCACUAUUACAGCAUGCCACCCUCACUCUUACGGGGCUUGGUAAGGACUCAGUCUCCAUCAGAGUGCAAACUCUUGAAGUCUGAGAGUAACAAGGUGGUAGAAGACAGCUCCCAAAAGAUAGGAAUAGAAACAGACACACUCACUUCAGGAGUAUCCUCUGAGACUAAGUCGACUCCUAGGUAUGGGCAGUUUUUGCUGGUGCCUCCUAACCAUCAAGGAGGGUCUUUUCCUGAGGAUGUCACCUUAAAUUUGUCGUUUUUGAAAACUGCUGCCAAGUACAAGGAUGAAGCAUUCAGAGAUGACCUGCAAAGUAGCAUUGUAGUUCCUCAAAACUUGCCGGCUAUCAGCUUCCUUGGCAAGGAGACAGAAGGCUACCAAUGGAGCCAGAGAGACUUUGUUAUUCAUUUGCCAUCAGAAAAGAUUAAUGCUGCAGAAGCUGCUCAUCCUCUUGAUCUCCAGCUACCUCUGGAUAUUGAAGAAAGUGCAACAUCCCCCUGUGAUGACAGGGAAGAAACUGAAGGUGGUUAUGUGAACUGGGGAUUCUCCGAAGGUGAUGAAAAAGGAGUUUUCACCUCAGAUUCAAAGAAGAAAGCCCUGUGCCUCCAUUCGUCCUACAACAGGGAAAACAAUUGCCAGAAUAAUCCCACCAGGCAUGUCCAGUUAAGUGAUUCGAAGUCCUUCUCCUACAACUCUGUCAAGUCAUGUCACAGCACCAGCAUCUCUCAGAACAGGCUGAAGCGAAGCAUCACCUUCUGGAUCAGCCCUCUCUGGAGAGACUGGAGUUUCUGCAGAAGCAACAGUUUACCAUCUCCUAAGAAAGAGAGACCAGGGAAAGUCUGCAAGGCUGUAGGCGAAUCUUUAGGAUCCUUUGAGCUACACCACAGUGAGGCAACAAAGGCAAAACAGCAAAACAGAGACAGAAAUCCUGGGAGAGGAAAGAGGAAUCAAAAACCUCUUCAGGUGCCGGUGAUUAGAGUGGAUGAUUGCCCCCAGAACACUCAAGUGAACUCAGAGCCUGCAGAAAUCAAUGUCUGGGAUGAGCAAGAGAAACACAGCAAGAACUGGCUCACCGUGUCUAAUUUCAGUCAGCUAAGUCUGGAACAUCUCCAUUACAAGCACCAGAAAAUUAAAAAUCCAGACUUUGGUAGGCAUACUAUACCAUUCUGUGAUUACCUGAGGCAUUCUCGAGAGGAUUUCAGUAAUAGCGUAUUUGGAAAUAUCAAGAAAAGUAAUCUGAACAGGAACUCCUCAUUGAGAACUCCAGAGGAAACUGACAAUAUCUUCUCCUGCUUGAAAACAUCUCAAGAUUUGCAUCAUCACUACUCUGCUGUUGAAAGAAAUAACUUAAUGAGACUUGCUCAGACCAUACCAUUUACACCAGUCCAGCUCUUUGCUGGAGAGGAAGUGACAGUCUAUCAGCUAGAAGAGAGUUCACCUUUGAAUCUUGACAAAAGCAUGUCUUCUUGGUCCCAGUGUGGAACAACUGCAAUGAUCCAAGUCCUGUCACGGGAGGAGAUGGAUGGGGGUCUGCGGAGGGCCAUGAAGGUCAUUUGUACUUGGUCUGAGAGUGAUGUACUAAAGCUGGGACAAGUAUUUAUUGUGAAGUCUUUCCUGCCAGAGGUGGUUCAAGCUUGGCAAAAGAUCUUUCACCAUGGCACAGUAUUACAUCUCUGUCUGAGGGAGAUUCAACAGCAAAGGGUUGCCCAGAAGUUAAUCUAUACCUUCAACCAAGUGAAGCCUCAUACUAUUCCCUAUACUCCAAGGUUCCUUGAAGUUUUCCUCAUCUACUGCCAUUCAGCAAAGCAGUGGCUGACCAUCGAGAAGUACAUGACUGGUGAAUUUCGGAAAUACAACAACAACAACGGAGAUGAGAUUACUCCCAUCAGCUUGCUGGAAGAGCUGAUGCUGGCCUUCUCUCACUGGACCUAUGUCUACACCCGUGGGGAGCUCCUGGUCCUGGAUAUGCAAGGUGUUGGGGAAAACCUUACAGAUCCAUCUGUGAUUAAACCUGAAGAUAAAAAGUCUGGAAAGAUGGUAUUUGGACCAGCAAACCUAGGAGAAGAUGCAAUAAGAAACUUCAUUACAAAGCAUCGUUGUAAUUCUUGCUGCAGAAAGCUGAAACUUCCCGAUUUGAGAAGAAGUGCCUGCACAUUGGAAACUGCAGGUCCACCCUUUGGAAUAGAAGUGGAAACAAGCACUGAAGAAGCUGAUGAUGCAGAUAAGCCUUCUGAGUGUGACACGCAGCUGUGAAGCAGAGAGCUCAUGUGUUAACAUACUUCAAAACCUGUCCUUUAUCACUGCUGAGGGUUUGUCCAAAAUCACAAAACACAGGUGACUGAGUGCAGAAUCUGUCUGCCCUAGCUAGACCCUAUAGACAAGGAAAGAAAAAACUUAGCUUUAUUUACUCCCCUUGCAUGCUCUUUUGCUGGCCUUUCUUGUACAGACUAACAAAUCACCAGGAGCAGGUCAUCCCUUACCUAAAUGAACUCUCCCAUCAGUGCCAUUUUUGAUAAUGUGGGUCAUGGUUCCAAGUUAUGUUUUCUUAGGAAGAUGACUGUGACAAGUUUAUUUCCAAAUAAUUUUUGUUUCUCUUUCUGCUCUUUACUAAAUAAGUGAAUGUAUAUACGUGCAAAUAAUUCAUCUUCAGUCAGAGCCCACUCAGCCUCAUGCUCACUUUUAUUGAGCAUAAAAGGCUCUUCAGGAAAUUGCAGAAAUGCUAUUUUCUCUUUAUUAUCGAUUUUGAUGCAGAGA